AUGCCUUCGAGUGGUGGCAAAAGCAGAGGAAUGAGCUUGGAGCCAAAUUCGAGCUCUUGGCCCUUGUUAGGUUUGCCACACACCGGAUGCCGAGCAAAAUAUCGUGGCAUGGGUGUUGGGUCCAAAACAACCACCAGCCUGGGCAGCUCCGCCUCAGAGUUGGUGACCCUCGUUGUGACCACUUCACCUAUCCCCUCCCAUCCAUCACUGGUUCUUUUGAGGACUCUCCUGAACUCCUUCCGCAAGCACCUGGUGGACUUUGAGAAUUACAACCUGCUCUUAGUAUGUGACGGUUUCAGCCGCUCUGAUGGGAAGGACCAACUUUGCAGCAAGGAGGCCUAUCAACAGUUCUUAGACAGCGUCCAGGAGCUAUGUGCUUCCGGAGAGCUGGGAAAUUGUCAAAUUUUGGAGUUGAAAUCCUGCCAUGGGUAUGGCUUGGCACUCUCUGCAGCUCUUGCAGAAGUUGUUACGGAGUUCGUCUUCGUAGUACAGCAUGAUUGGCUCCUGGUGAAGGACGUGGACCUGGGCCCAGUGGUCAAUGCGAUGGAUUUGGAUGCAACAAUCAAGUAUGUGGGCCUGCAGUCCUUGACCACGCUGGACUAUGCUCGACGAAUGCAGCUGAGAUACAACUUGCAGCUCCCACCUGAUCGCCACCUCUGUGGUUUGCGACUGGUUCCGCAGCUGCUUUGGUAUGACAAACCACACCUGACAAGAAAAAAGCACUACUUGGAGGUAGUUCUCCCUGAAGCCAAGAUGGGUGUCUUUCAAAACCCCGAGCGGAGGUAUGGAGUGGAUCAGAUGUGGCCAAAGUUGUUGCAUGCUGAGAAUCUGGAGGAGGAGCAUUUGCGCCAUGGCACCUUCUUUUGGGAUGUUGGAGCCGAGGUUGUGUACCACCUUUCUGGCCGGAAGCUGCUGGCCGUGGAUGAAGAUGCUGAAACAGAGAGGAGCUUGGUGGGCCCUGGGAGCAGAACUCAUGUACCAAGACCGCAACUUGAGAAGGCCAGAAGGCUUGUAUGGUGUCGCAACCGCCACAGCGACUUUUACAUCCGUUGCUGCCGACAGGACCAUGUACAUCGCUGGCCUUGCUCUUCCAAAAGCCAAAGGCCAGUCUGGCCGCUUCAAGGGCCGGUGCUACGUGUGUGGCGAGCGAGGGCACAGUAAAUCCAACUGCAGCAUGACCGGCUUGGAGAGGAAACCCGAGGCUGUUGCCGGGCUGUGCGCUGAGAGCAUCAAGCCACCCCAUUAGGCAUUUGCGGGAUGCGACAAAAAGUCAAAAGA